ACCACUGAACCAACCGCUCUCACACACACAUUGAUCCUGCAGUCAGUGUCCUGAGGUCUGUGAGGAUUUUCACGCUUCAGCAGGACUAAAGCGUUUGGCGAGCGGCGUUAGCUACAGGAAACGGUUUCUUCAGUGUUUUGCAUUCAGGAGGAAAGAGGUCGAGGAUGGCAGACGACCAAGUGAUGAUGGAGCUCGGGCUGAAUGGAGCCUCAAAACACCAGAUUGCAGGUUCGGGCAAGCAGGGCGCCACCGUCAGCUUUCACAACAUCCAUUACAAGGUGACGGUGGGAGGAAACUGUCUGUGCCGGAAGAAGAGUACGACCAGAGUCAUCCUCAGCGACGUCAGCGGGAUCAUGAAGCCGGGUCUGAACGCCAUCAUGGGACCGACGGGAAGCGGCAAGUCAUCGUUUCUGGAUGUUCUGGCAGCCAGGAAGGACCCCGCAGGCCUGACGGGAGAGGUUUUGAUCGACGGAGCGCCUCAGCCUCCAAACUUCAAGUGUCUGUCUGGAUACGUGGUGCAGGACGACGUGGUGAUGGGAACUCUGACGGUCCGAGAGAACUUCAGCUUCUCUGCGGCGCUGCGCCUCCCGUCGUCCAUCCCGCAGAGGGAGAAGGAGCAGAAGGUCAACACCCUGAUCAAGGAGCUGGGACUGGGCCGCGUGGCCGACUCCAGGGUGGGCACCCAGCUGAUUCGCGGGAUCUCUGGUGGCGAGAGGAAGAGGACGAACAUCGGCAUGGAGCUGAUCAUCGACCCGUCCGUCCUCUUCCUGGACGAGCCGACCACGGGCCUCGACGCCAACACGGCUAACUCCGUGCUGCUGCUGCUAAAACGGAUGGCGAACCACGGUCGCACCAUCAUCCUCUCCAUCCACCAGCCUCGAUACUCCAUCUACCGCCUGUUCGACAGCCUCACCCUGCUGGUCAACGGCAAACAGGUUUACCACGGUCUGGCGCAGAGAGCCGUGGAGUAUUUCUCAGACAUCGGAUACACCUGUGAGCCCCACAACAACCCUGCCGACUUCUUCCUGGACGUCAUUAAUGGAGACUCUACGGCCGGUAUCCUCAGCGACGGCGAUGAAAAAAGAGAUGAACCUGAUUCAGAAUCCAUAUCGAAGUCCAGACAGGGGAUCGAGCAAAAACUGGUGGAGGUGUAUAGAAACUGCCACAACUUCAAACAGACCGAGGCAGAGCUGGAACGGAUAAUUGAGGGUAAGCCGACUACCAAACCGAGUCACGCUAGAACCAUCACCUACAACACCGGCUUCCUCACCCAGUUCAGAUGGGUUCUCAAGAGAACGUUCCGCAACCUCCUGCUCAACCCUCAGACCUCCAUUGCUCAGGUGGGGGUAACGUUGUUCCUCGCUCUGGUCGUAGGAGCCCUUUUCUUUGACAUCAAAGAAGAUCAAAGUGGAAUUCAGAACAGGUUCGGCGUUCUCUUCUUCGUCGUCGUCAAUCAGUGUUUCAGCUCCCUGUCAGCUGCUGAACUCUUCAUCGCUGAGAGAAAAAUCUUCAUUCAUGAGUCAAUCAGCGGUUACUACAGGGUGUCGGUGUACUUCCUGGCGAAGAUGCUGUCUGACAUCCUCACGCUGAGGAGCAUCCCCUCCAUGGUGUUAACCUGUGUGGCCUACUUCAUGAUUGGUCUGAAGCCGACAGCUGAAGCCUUCUUCCUCUUCAUGUUCACCUUGGCUCUGGUCGCCUACACCGCCACCUCCAUGGCUCUGGCCAUUUCAGCCGACCAGACCGUGGUGGCGAUCGCCAACAUCUACAUGACCAUUUGCACCGUGUUCAUGAUGAUCUUUGCAGGUUUGCUCGUGAAUCUUCCCUCCAUCGUCAGCUGGCUUGCCUGGUUAAAAUACUUAAGUAUUCCACGAUAUGGCUUCAGCGCUCUGCAGAUUAACGAGUUUACUGGGCUGAACUUCUGUCAGGGCUUUAACAUCAGCGACAUUCCACCUGGACUUCUUUGUACAGGGGAGGAGAUUAUAAUGGAGCAGGGCGUGGACUACUCCGCCUGGGGCUUCUGGCAGAACCACAUGGCUCUGUGCAUCAUGAUCAUGUGCUUCCUCACCAUCGCUUACCUCAAACUACGCUUCAUCAAGAAGUUCACCUAGACCUUCAUCAUCAUCACUGUCGUCCUCAUCAAUGUCAUCAUGAUCGACACGAUGGAAACCACAUCACCGGCAUCACCCCUCCUCAUCACCGUCAUCAUGAUCGAAACCACAUCACUGGCAUCACCCUCCUCAUCAUCACCAUCCUCAUCACUAUCGUCAUCAUUAUC